CCAUGCACCUCCUAGGUGUCUUAGUCCCUGUGUUCCCCCCAGCUCCGACGCAUAGACGGGUGGCUGCGCAACAACCGCGUCUACUUAAAUAUGGUCAUUGGUCCUCACCGAAUUGCAACGGACGCAGGAAUUCCACGGAAAGAGAGAAAGACGAAAUGCCAUUGAGAAUCGACCUGCAAAGCAGCAUAGUGCGUGGUAUCAAGCCAUUGCUGGGUGUCUCUAAACCUUCUCCAGCAGUCCCUGGGAAAUCGUAUCAGCAAGGCCUCUGCGGUUUCAGGCGACAAUGAACAUCAUUCACCAUCAUCAGCUGUGACUUCCAGGCAAUUUUGGUGCUCGUCCAUAUGGUGACCACUGCCCGGUGGUAUCAGACGAUCCUUCCAACGGAGACACCUCGCAUCUACAAAUAGAUUUUACAGAUCAUACGGAGUAUUCUGACUUCUAUCAGAGAAUAGUGCUAUUAGUGCCAUUAGUAAAAGAGGA